GUACGCGGCGCCAACACCCAGAACGCGUAUCUCUUAUCUAUCUGGACAUUUCGCCAUGUCGACCGUCCGCUACUUCGACUCCAUCCCCCACAUUGUGCGCUAUGGCAUGCACGACGACAAAACGGGCAAGUCGUGGACGCUCUUCUACCGCAACGGCGUCCGCUUCAAAGUCCACGUCUCGAGCGAAGAUGUCUCCGGGACCUCUUUCUCCGAGACGUGGCUCGAGCUGAUCAAGCCGGUGGAUGUGCACGAUAGAACCAAGAGUUGGGUUCGCCGAUGGGAGUCGUUGUGUGAUUGUGUCAUCACGCCCUGCUUGCCCUUGCUGGCAACCUUGGCCCCCAGCUCCCAUCAAUGGGUCACCUUGCACGACUACCUGCACACGCCGAGCUAUGAGUUGAAGCUGGUCGCCGACGACCAGACGGCGGAGGUCGUGCCGGAAAUCACCAGUGGACCGGUGGAUCGGCCGUCCUACGAACACAGUCUGUUCAAGUUCUCGGAAAUCAGCUUACUGCCUACGAAUGUCCCCCAGUACCAGGCAGAAGAACUUCUCGUCCUCGGCCAAGAAAAGAACUGGCGCCGCCCGCCACACAAUGUCCGCGCGCCGAACGGGGAUGUCUUUUACUUCCGGCCUUGCAAUAACGCGGCGAGGCAUGUCAACACCGGGCGGAUCACCAACAACUCCCUCGACAUCAUCAACGCGUACUCACGGUUGCAUUCGGAGUCGACUGAGGUCUUGCCCGCUGGGUCAGCCGAAGCAGUUAAUAUUCCAAAGCUACGGGGCAUUGUCAUCAGCCACGCCAAUGCAGAGCCAGGAGAAAGUUCUCUGCCUUCGGCGUCAGGCGAUGGACAAGCCAGGCAAGCAGACGACCAGCCGCGUUGCGCGGGGAUCGUCUUGACCUAUGUGUCAGGUGCGAAGUCCCUGGCAGAUGUGACGAAGCUCUUCAACCACCCGGAGCAGACAACCGACCUCUCGGAGUAUAAAGAGAAGUGGAAAGAGCAAAUUGCGGCCGGGAUCCGACAUCUGCAUGCUCACCGCAUCACCGUCGGGGGUCGGUCUGAUCCGAGACCAUGGUACUUGAUCAACCAACAUACCGUUUACAUUGCGAACAUUGGCGGUGCCGACAAGUCCGACAGCGUUCCCGGAAUGGAGCUCAAAGACGCAGACGCUUGGUUGAUGCUGGAAGGAGGCUGCACAGUACAUCCCUCUCCGGAGCAGGAAGCAUUCGACGAUCUGAAAUUCGAGGAAGAGAAAGCCAUGGACUGGACCGCUCUAGAGAAGGUAUUUCAAUUCUGAUCGGUACGAGAAGGGUCGGUGGAUGCCGCUCCUAAGCAGGCAAAACAUACUCGCGUGCAGGCAGGGAUGGCAAUCUGGGAAGCUGUGGCUCUGGCGAUUUCUAGUCAGCCCCAGAAGACGUGUCUCAAGUGAAGGAUGGUCAGAAGGUCAGACACACUCAGAUGAAAUGGUAAAUUUUUCGGGGGAGGGGGCAGCGUCAAUAUGCUAAGAUUCAAGAAUAUUCAAGCCUUGGUUUUCGGUUCGCUUGAGAGUGAUCCGUAAAUGUUGAGGCAGCACGAAAGAGUCG